AUGGCGCUUUUGCGAGAGACGGCUGCGAUGAUGGACACACCAAUGUCUCCGCUCGAUAGCGGUCCAAGCGAUGACCUGCUCGCUGUGCUGGACGAGAUACUAGACUUUACGCCGAAAGAAGCUGCGUCGACAGACUCACUAGCGCAACAGGCGCUGGAAGCCAGCUAUAUCGCAGAUGCGUUUGAGUUCCCAGAAGUGCCCAACCCGUACGAACAGCAGCCAGUAGAGGAACCAAAGCCUGCAUUGCUGGAGGCAAAGGUGGAGCAAACUGCCACCUUCGUGCCUAUUGUCACCAAACAACCUGCUCAACGUCAAAAACAACAACACCAGAGUGCUCAACGAAAGAAGGAUGUUUGCACGAUGACGUGUCCGACACCGAAGCGACGCCGCAAGCGCCCUAAAGACGAACUCGACUACCUUCGCGCGAAGGUGGCGGGUUUGGAGGAGGAACUGGCAUGUCUUAAUCGAUCAACAGGAAGGUUUUCCUCGAUAAGUGAUAUUGAAAAAGAGAUGUUUGCACGUUGGAAACUAAUCGCUGAACGCCAAAAAGAGGAAGCAAACAGAACUAUUGUCGAGAACAUGAAGCUACGAACCAUGCUGAAAGCCCAAUUUGAGAUCGCCAAACGUCGUCAAAUGAUGAUGGCUGAGUAUCACCAACAGACGAUGCCACAAUCUUUGCCGUGGAACUUCAUCAAGACGGAGUUUAAUUUUUUUGAUGUUGAAGACGUUGACGGCCCGCGCGUCCCAAGCAUAUCGGACGAGACGAUUUUCGCACAGUUGAAUGGGAGCCUUGAGGCGCAGUACGCUCAAGUCAGCUCAGUGCUUCAAGCAAAUGGGAUUGCAGAUGUGAACCGCGAAUUGUUGGGCAAGAUUCACCUCAAGCAAAACAUGAAUGGUAUCUCGUUUGGAAUUCACGAAGUUCGUCUAGUGCCGUUUGCAAUGCAGUCAGUGGAGCGCAUCAUGUGGUCCUUAGUGGGUGACAAAAUUAGCGAGGUGCCCGGUCGCACCCAAAUCAUCAACAAUAACCAUCAAAACUUCAAGAUCGGCAAUACACUUGAAUUCCCCAAGUCUCAGCACACGAAAACGUCGUCCCGGUUUGCAAUGCGUCGGUACUUUGAAGGCAACCGCAUAAUUUUUGUCUGGAGUGCCUGUGUGGAGAUCGCGGGCUCAGUGUUCGUCCGCCUUCGUGAAAAAGGAUGCGUAACGAUAUCGUCAUUUAAUCUUACUGGAAGCGAGUUAUCGAGAUGUGAGGGCUCCAUUUUGCGUUGCGUGAUUGAUGUGGAACCGGAGACUGUGAAGUUUAGCACUGGAGCAGACCCUAAGAAAAACAUCAAAGAAAUGACUGACCUCGUGCUCGCAGCGUAUAACCGCAGGUUCGAUACCUUCAACCAAUUGAUGGAAUCACUUCUUCUUCAAGAUCUCAGGGCUUCGUCAGCAUAA